CUCGAGCACUGCAACCUACGCUUCUGAGAUCGAUCUUCUAGCUCACUGAAUGCACAAGUCAUUUCUUCUUGGUCUUCUCUUUGGGGCUGCCUAUGGGAACUCGGACUCUCAAUGGGUGAAGCACAGAAAGAGUCUUGGCUUGGCCAGGCGGGACGGCGGGUAUUAUCCUGAGGUUGCGAUCUGUGAGACUGGUUCUUCCUGCGAGGAGGCUUGCGGCGAGAAGUACCGUCAGUGUCCUUCUAAGGAUUCGAUCUUACAUUGUUACAAGCCUUCUGCCGGCGAAACCUGCUGUACUGGAGAUACUGGAGUUUCUUGCGAAGGGGGUUACUCUUGCGCAUUCGACUCUGCGUCUGUUCCGCGAUGCUGUCCUGAGGGCAUGGAUCUCAAUGCAUGCGCUGUAGCCUUCAGCGCCGUAACCAUGGCUUCCGCUCCUGCAACCCCCUCGCCUUCUUCCACUCCAUCUCUCGAGCCGACAACGAUGAGCAGCUCUUCGGGUGGUGUAGGCUACUCAAUUAUUCCAACCGAAUCCCCAUCAACAACCGGAACAUCGUUAGCAACAAUCACACGCGGUCCGUGGCUGAACGCUACCACAACUUGCGGAUCAUCAAAUGGAAACGCUACCUCCUCCAUAGAGAUGUUUACUGGCGGGGUGCCGAGGAUAUAUACAAUGCCUGUCGCGCUGGGGAUGGCUGCGCUCGGAUUCGCCGCGUCAGUCUGAUUGGGAUGGUUUUGCAGCUUAUCUGUUCCUACUACAGGCAUGCGCCGCCGGUGG